AUGUGUUCGACCAAAUGCACCCUCCUCCUCCGGCGCCAUCGCCGCCCCCGCACCCACCGCUUCUCCACGGCGGCGGCGAGCCCAAGCCUCCCGCGGAAGAAGAAUCAUGCGGGGGAGCUUCUUCACGGGGCGGGUCCGCCUCCCGCGCCGGAGGACACCGGGGACGCGGCGAGAGCCCACGAGGCGGCCGUCAGGCGGCUGGCGGCGGCGGGCGACGUGGACGGCGUGCAGCUGGCGCUGCAGGAGAUGCGGCUGAGGGGCGUGCCGUGCACCGAGGGCGCCCUCGUCGCCGCCGUCGGCGCCUUCGCCCGCGCGGGGGCGCCCGACCGCGCGCUCAAGACGUUCUACCGCGCGGUGCACGACCUGGGCUGCGCGCGCCCCACCGAGCCGCGGCUCUACAACCACCUCAUCGACGCGCUGCUGCGGGAGAACAUGGUGGGUGCCGUCGUGCUGGUGUACGACGACAUGAGGAAAGACGGCGUGCGGCCCAACGUGUUCACCUACAACCUGCUCGUCAAGGCGCUGUGCCAGAACCACCGGGUCGGGGCUGCGCGCAAGAUGCUCGACGAAAUGGCUAGAAAGGGGUGUCCCCCUGACGACGUGACCUACACCACCAUCGUCUCCGCGCUGUGCAAGCUUGGCAGGGUGGACGAGGCCACGGAGGUGCUGGCUGCGGCGCCGCCCGUGGCCGCCUCCUACAAUGCCAUCGUUCUAGCUCUCUGCAGAGAGCUCAGGAUGCAGGAGGUGUUCGCAGUUGUCGGCGACAUGGUGGGGAGGGGAUUGCAGCCUAAUGUCAUCACGUACACAACUAUAGUCGACGUGUUCUGCAAGGCCGGCGAGCUGAGGAUGGCAGGACUAUUCAAUUAUGGAAGGGUUCAUGACGCGCUAGACAUGUGGAAGUGGAUGGUGGCUGAAGGAUGGGCACCGUCGACGGUUUCGUACAAUGUUCUGAUCCGUGGCCUUUGCAGCGUUGGUGAUCUCAGGGGAGCAUCAUCUGUACUCAACGCCAUGGAGCAACACAGCUGCUUUCCUAAUGCGAGGACCUACUCCACUCUUAUUGAUGGUUUCUCCAAGGCCGGGGACCUAGAUGGUGCCAUAUCAAUAUGGAAUGACAUGACAAGAUCUAGUUGCAAGCCAAACGUUGUUGUUUACACAAACAUGGUGGAUGUGUUUUGCAAGAAGCUGAUGUUUAAUCAGGCAGAUAAUCUUAUUGAUAAGAUGCUAUUAGAAAACUGUCUUCCCAACACAGUAACAUUCAACACGCUGAUCAGAAGCCUAUGUGACUGCAGAAGAGUUGGGAGAGCUCUUGGUGUGUUCCAUGAGAUGAGAAGGCAUGGAUGCCCGCCAAAUGGUAGGACCUAUAACGAGUUGAUCCAUGGUCUGUUUAGGGAGGGAAACUGUGGAGAUGCUCUUCAAAUGGUGAUCGAGAUGCAAAACCAUGGUAUUGAGUUGAGUUUAGUAACAUACAACACUGUAGUAAGUGGUCUAUGUCAAAUGAGAAUGAGCAGAGAAGCCAUGGUUUUUGUGGGGAGGAUGAUAGUUCAAGGAAUUCAACCAGAUGCAUUCACUUUCAGUGCAAUAAUUCAUGCUUACUGCAAGGAAGGGGAAGUCAGGAUGGCUGCUUGGAUGUUAGGUGUGAUGAAUGUAGCGAACCGCCAUCGUAACGUACUAGUGUACACUAUUCUAAUGGCAGAGCUUUGCAAUCAAGAUAAGCUGGAAGAUGCCAUGGUGUACCUACUAAAGAUGUUAUAUGAAGGUAUAUAUCCAAAUACAGUGACAUGGAACGUUUUGGUCCGUGGAGUUUUUAGAAACCUUGGCUGCAAUGGUCCAAGUUAUUUCAUCCAACAUAUUGCCAUGGACAUAUCAGCAGGGACCUGA